AUGGUGACCCGCGCAGGGGAUCAACCCAGGAGGCCUGGGGCGGCCUUGGCUGCUGCACUGUGCGCAGCAGCUGCAGAGCACUCUGAGGCACAUCCAGUGGAAAAGCUUCGCCACAAGGAGCCGGAUGAUGCAGCUCGAACCGAGCGUUCAGCAGUUCCGUUGGCCAUCAGACGUCUGGAGCAGCAGCUCGAGGUGGAGAGGCGGCAGAUGGAGCGGAAGCUGGAGAAGUUGGAGAAGCGGCUGGAGGAGGUGGCUUGCACGAGUGCGGCAUCCGGGAGAUGGGCCGAGCUGCAGGGCCAUGUGGAUGGCCUGGCGGAUGCAGUGCAAAGCCUGAUCAGGGGCCAGCUGCCACAAGGCGGCCCACCAGGUGCCGAGGCCACGGGAAACAGAGUUGGAACCGACAGUGCGGUGUGGAAGCGCUUCGAUAUCCUGGAAGUGAAGCUGCAGCAGCUGGAGGAGUCGCGUGGCAAGUUCAUUGAUCUGCAAUCUCAGUCGGACAAAGUGACGGCUCAGAUUGCAGACUUGGACUCGAAAUUGUUGCAGUUGGUCGGCAGGCUGGCACAGGUGGAGCGCGGGGCUCCGCACGUCUCUGAGCGCACAUCGGAGGUUCUGGGGCCGAGCUUACAAGGCAUCCACGAGGCCAUGGAGCAACUCGCCCUACGAGUGCAACAUGUCGAGGAACCCAGCGGGCUGGCGGAAACGUGCCAGCAGGUUUCUGUGCAGAUGGAUCUGCUCCGUAACGAGCUGGAGGAGCACACAGCAAUGCUGGAGGAUCAGGUUGCAGAAUUAGAUGCUCGCAUGCAGACCUUCGGUUCUGAGAUCCAGGACCUUGUGCAAACACAAGAAGCUCGCCUUCAAGUAGAUAGCGUUGGGGAAAGGGCCCUGCGCCUGGCUCUCCGCGCUCAGAGAGCAGUCACUGCACAAGACUUCUCCGAAGAUGCCCGAGAAAUGCGCGAGGAGCUGACGGAGAUGAGCGAGGAGUUGACGUCCCUGUGGCAGCGGGUGCAAAGCAGUGAGCUGGGCCUGGACUCCAUGGCCGAAGCGGUCGGCCGCAUCUGCGAGGAGUUGAGCCAGCUGAAGUCACGAAGAAGCGCUGUCACUCAGCCUACCUCAGGCAGCCCUGCAAGCUCGCGGCUGGCAGAGGCUGUCCGUGGCGGCCGUGAUCGAGACUCCAUCGAGGAUUGA